AUGGUGAAGCUGUUUUCGAGAAAGAUCGACCAGCUGGCGGAGGGAGCAGGUGUGGGAGGGGGUGCCGACCAUGAGGGAGGAGGCGAGAAGACGGGACGCGUCCUGAUUGAGUACAGCGUCGAGGAGGAGGAGGAGAUCGAGGAGGAUACAUCGAGGCAGGCUCAGCACGGGGCGAGCGGCCCGGGCGGCGAUGCGAACGAGGACGAGGACUCGAGCUCGGGAACGAGCUCCGGCUCGAGCUCGAGCGAUGAGUCGGCCGAGGACGACGGCGAGGGCGCCGGACAUAUAACGGAGCGUACGGGGGAGCACGGAGUGGCGCUCGGGGAGCGGGUGGACGAGCGAGUAGAGCUUAUCGAGCAGCAGGCGACAGGGGAAACUAAGGCUGUCGAGGAGCAGGAGGGCGGAGCGGCUGCUCAGGAGGGUGGGGUCGGAGGGCAGCAGCAGGUGGUGGGCGAGGCGGCUGCGCAAGAGGGCGGGGCAGGAGGGCAGCAGGAGGAGGGCGUGGCGGCUGCGCAGGAGGGUGGGGCAGGAGUGCAGCAGCAGGCGUUUAGGGUUGCGGCUGCGCGGGUGGGUGGGUCGGGAGGGCAGGAGCAGGAGGACUGGGAGGCUGCUGAGGAGUAUCGUCGAGGAGAUGAGCGACAGGCCGCCGUAACAAGGAGUCACCGCACGGCCAGUGGCAGCGGACAGGCGGGCCCUUCGACCUGGUGGCCUUCGACGGCAGGCCAGUCGACGGUGAACGUUGCACCGGGAGGCCAGGUCGUCGAGCUACUGCAGAGGGUCGAGAAGGUCGAGGCGUCGCAGAAGCAGCUCGUCGCCGAUGUCUUUGCGAAACACACUGAGCAAGCCGGAGUAUUCAACAGGCUUGCUGCGGAUUUUCGGACGGCGUGGAAUACGAUUUCGGAGUCGUCGAAGAGCACACUGUCGCAGUGCGCCGAGGCUGUGAAGGGUGUCACGGCGGAGAGGAACCUGUUGGAAGGGGCGCGGGCGAAGAUCGACGAGAUGAGCGGGAAGAUCAUCGAGGGGGUGGCAGCCGCCAUCACAAAAGCGAGCGAAGACGCCGUCGAGAAGCAGCUCAAGCAGGUCGAGGAGCGGCUGGUUGCUGCGGUGCUGAAGGGUUUCGAGAAAACCAUGAUGGAGGACAUGUUCUGCUCCACCCUCCCACCCGAGACCAUGAAGGAGCUGAAGGACAUUGUGAGGGAAGGCUACCAUGAAGCCGAAGCAGGGAGGUUGGAAGUCCUCACCGAAGCGAUGGCGAGAGGUUUUCAGCGCUCGGCGGGCCCGUCGACGAGGUCGCGUCAGGAGGGUGUGGGAGGGGUUCGCAGCGGGGCUGAGCCUCGUGGUCACGAGCGGUCGGUUCCUCCGUCUUCUUCGGUGGGAGGACAUGUCGGUAGCCCGGUUGGAUCCCCACCGGCGCGUGGCCGUCAUCCUGUCGCCAAGCCCGUCGAGGAAGUCAUCGUACUCGACCAGUCGCCCCGCCCGAAGACCUCCGUAGCGGCUCCGAUCGAUCCACCUGAUGCGUUUGCUUCGAUGCGGGACAUGCUGCAAGGCAUGGGGAAAACGGGUGGGAAAGGAGUGGUCGCGGGGGAGAAAAGUGGUGCCCCGAAGGAGCACGUCGCCUCGACCGGGAACAGAGCUCUAGGAAUGCGAGUUGCGCCUGUCGCCGCUGCUCCGUCCCUAGGCAACAUUAGUCUUAGCGAUCCGGGCUCCCCUUCAACGUCGAAGAAGAAGCCGGCUGCGACGAAGUCGUCGAAGCGCGCUGCACACGCGACAGAGAGCCUUGACGUGGUGGAGCUGGCCAGCGUCCCUGGUCAGGCGACUGUCGAGAAGACCUCUAUUGUCGUUGCUGCUCGACAGGAAAAGGCGAAGAAGGCCAGGGUCACGGGUCACACCCCACCUCCUCGACCGGACGACCAAGGCAAGACGAGAGGCUGCAAACGUCCCUUCAAAGGACCGGGUUUUGGGUUGCGGAAGGGGAAGCCGGUUUCCGAGCAGACCGUCGGCGGGAGGAAGCGGUUCCUUGGCACUUUUGAAACAGAGAAGGACCAGAAGUUCUGUACGGCCGUCUGCUGGCGCGUGUACUUCCCCGACGUUGUCCUUACGGAGUACGAAGGGUACACGACGCAGGAUGAGGAGGACUGGAAGGACUACCUCGAUGCGGCCGCAGAAAUGCCAACCGGCGUUUGGAGCGUGGCGCAAGAACAAGGGGAAUGUCGUUUCGACGAGUAA